AUGAUAUGGGAAGCAGGAAAGAAAGACUUGGCUACCAUUCUACUGCUGGGUUGUUUUUUUGGCCAUGCAACUUGUAGAGACGCUGUUUCAGUUUUUGGAGUCUUUCAAAACACCUCUAUUCUUUCUUCAUUUAAAAAGGUGUUAGCUGACGUGAAUGCAACACAAAAUAUAUUUACCACAGACUUGCAUUCCAGUCAUGGAUUGGCGAAUCUAGUAAAUAGAAGUGAAGAGGUCAGAGAAAGAAUGCGUCAGAGUGGUGCUAAGAAGAAAAUUCUGUUUACUGACACCUACGGUAUACGAAGUGAGAUUGUUAAGGAGAUCUUGCUUGAAGGAGGUCAAAGCAUCGAUUAUGACGAUUCACUAAACGGCCAUCAGCAGGCGUAUCUUCAAGCGGCUGCUGGUAUGCUAUCUUUCUUGGACACACUGGAUUUUCCAUCGAGGAGAAUUUCUGUUUUUGUUGAUGAUACAGAGUUUGGCAAGGCCACUCUCACCCAAUUACUCAUAGCAGUGCAACACAGCCAGAGAAAAAUAGUCUCCUUUGCAACAGUCAAAGAGCCUUUCAAAAAGGAAAAUCUAACCCCUUUUAUUCUAAAAGGGAGUGGUGUCUUUCUGGUCGACAGUGAAGGAGGCAUUGCUGGGAAAUUGUUCUACAUAGCGCAGCAGCUAGGCCUAGGUGGUUUAAGGAACUCUAUUACAUGGAUAUUGUCAAAGCGAACAAUGGAUUCUCUAUCACUCACUUGCAGCUUUCCUCAGGGAAUAUACUAUGGACUGCAGACACGUGGAGCUGUACCAAAUGAAAAGUACAUUGCACAAAAGGUGACAGCCUGUAAGGAACAGCUAAGCAAUGGAGAAGAUUGCACUAAAAGAGAGCAGUUAACAACAGCCUAUCAGUUAUGGUCAAAUCCGAAUGUUUCAAGUGGAAGUGCUUGGUCUAGAGUGACACAGUUCGACCUGGAAAUGAGCAAUGUGAUCGUUCACAAGCAUGGCAGGAACCCUUUUUGGCCACGGCUAAGAGUGUCAGUUGUAGAAAAUUCACCAUGGACAAUUAUCACAAAAUAUAGAAAAAUUUCAAGCAGUGAGAGCCCGUGCUCUCUAGGAGGGAGACUUGGUAUCAGACUCGCGUUGAACUCUUCAGAACUCAUUUGCUUGCAUGGUUUCACUAUAGAUAUUAUCAAAGAGCUAGAGAAUCGACUACAAUUUGUAGCGAUCAUCCAUCUCUCUAAAGAUGGCAAGUAUGGAUCAUUUGAUGAAAGUAAAGGAAUGAUAGAUGGAAUAGUUGGUGAAAUAGCCAGAGGAGAGGCUGAUUUUGGCGUUGAAUUGAUCGAGGACAAAACUAGAAAUCAAUUCAUCAGUUACACCACCCCACACACAAUUACCUCUAUUUCAAUGGCUUACUUACAGCGAUACGAUUACAAAGAAGCUGACAUAUUUGAACCAUUCAGUGUCGAGCUAUGGUUGUGUAUUCUUGGCACAAUAUGCCUUUUGGUGGUAGUAAUUUGGAUUUUAGAAAGAGUCAGCCCAUAUAGCCAAUUCCAACUCAACAAACGAAUUCUUAACGCUGCGAAAACGUUUGAUAUCGAUGACAGUGCCAACUAUAUCAUGGGGACAUUUUUCACUGGAGAAAUUAUUGAUCAAAAGCCGAGGACAAUCGGCUCCCGUUCUACAAACAUCGUUGUUGCUUUUGUCUCUAUUUUGAUUAUUUCUGCGUAUUCGGCCAACUUAAUCAAGUUUCUUGUGGUUUUGGACGAGGAGCCUAUUGUGACUGGCCUGAAAGACCAAAAGUUGCUGAGUGACUCAAGUCAGCUGAAAGUUGGCAUAGAAGACAGCUCGUUCCUCCCAAACUACUUGAGAACCAACUCAGAUGCCCGGAUACGAAAGCUUUACUCUACCAGAGUGAUAGGUUACGCAUCAUUUGCAGAGUCGAUAAAGGCACUAAAAAACAGGAGCGUUGACAUCGUUCUUUACGAUUACCUUUCACUUGUAUACACUCAAUCAGUGGACAGAGACUGUUCUCUAAAGAUACUACAGCUCUCCAAUGCUAUAAUGGGGAUCCCAAUCUCACUAAACAACCAAUCAACGUGGAAGGGAAGACUAAAUGCAGCAGCAGUUGACCUCACUCUUUCAGGUACAGCUGACAACUUGUUGAAGACGUGGUUCAGCCAACAAUUGUGUAAAAAUAGUAAUAUAUUUUAUUCUCUUGAUAUCAGGCGUAUGGCAACAUUAUUCUUUUGGCUAUCAGUUGGAAUUCUAUGCUGCAUUGUCUGCAUGACUGGCAUAAUUCUAUUGAAAAAGUUAAAAGAGUUCUUCACAGGCAACAUAUAAAGUACCUGAGAAAUGGAAGGCCUUCACAGAACGGCAGAGCAAAACCCAGGAAAUAAAGAUCUAUGUUAUGCUCCUCUCUCCAGAAAAAUAGCAAACAUCAUGGCAAAUCAGUUUAAUUUCACUUUCUAUAUCAACAUCAAUGGGUUUGGUGAAAUGUUAUGACACCGAACAAUCUUUUAAAUUGCAGAUUCUACUGGUCUUUUUUAGCUACAAAAGCUACCUAAGCAAGAAUGUCAAAUAUAGUUAUUUAAAGACGUGUACAUGUUAUUUUAAAAUGGAUCAUUUAUCAAGUAAUGACGUAACUGAAUUAGUUGCCACUAAGACCAACCUUAACGUCUUGUUUGCAUAAAGCUUUAGAUUGACUUUAGUGACAAUGCUAUAGAUAAAUCUGCCAAAUUGAUAAUGUUUUCUGUAUCAUAAGCAUCAUAGAGUGCCAAGGCGUAGGUAAGGGCUCACUGGGUACAAAUUUAAUUGCCUCUUUUACUUGGGCGCUCAAAGUUCGGGAAAUCUGAGGUAAAAAUUAAAGACGAUUAAGACCUUUGGGCUUAACAAACUCUAAACGUUUAUGAUGGCUAAGCCUUGGUCUUACUCGAAUAUUGCUGCUCCUUUGCGUUACAAUUGCAUUAAUGAGCCUAAAAUUUAUUCUUUUGACUGAUUUAAGGGGUGGGGAAGGGGAGGAAGGAUUGCAACCCUCGUAGCCCCUAUUUUUCCUACGCCUAUUAUGGACUAAAAUAUAAUGAGAGCUUCUAGGACCUUGCCCCUGGAUUUAACUGAAUGUCUUUUCUGCACCCAGAUCGAAAUAUUCCAGUACUCGUUUCGUGCUCAACGGAUUUUUCAAAAAUUCUUGCAAAAAUAUGAACCCUCAGAAAUACUAACGUAACAUGAUCUAACACGGAAAACGCCUGUUUGAAUAUAAAGCAACUGAUUGAAUAUACACGAGUGUUCCCAAACAGGUGUUAUUGCCGGUAUGGAUCGUAUUAGUGGUCAUGAUGCAAUUGUGAGAUAUCACAUAAUAGACUUACUGAAAGCUUUCGUUAAAGUGCUUGAAUGCUUACAAUUUGAAUGCUUACAAUGCUUACAAUUUAAAUUUUAAACAUUGUAAUGAAGAACCAAAAUAAUGGUCACGCUAGAAAGAUUUUAAUCAGGAUGUUUUGUUUUUCUUUAAACAUAUGCGACCAAACACGAUAAAGUUAAAUGUGCAACAAAAGAUUUUUUCCACGCUAACCUCUUGCAAAUGAAUAGGGCGCUGAUUGUAACGUUAGAAAUUUUUUAUCAAGUAACAUGGGUCUUCGGAUAUCCAUAUAAAAGUAGGCUAUUUCAAGUGACAUAGAAAAAUAAAAAAAAAUGUUUCCUGGCGUAAAAUAGGCACUUCAAGGCUAUUUUCUUUGUCAGCAGUUUGAUUAUUGUCCAGAACUAUUGCGAGCCCAUCUUUAGCUUGAAGCUUGGUCCUGACAAGUCCUUAGUAAAGUUUUCCAGGUUUGACCCCUACACCCUAAGCGUGGAUAUCUUUACAGUAUAUGAACAAAGACAUAAAUAACUUUUAUGAACCGCAAGAGACAAAUGAUUUAUGCUCCUUCAAGAUGAUGAUGUGAAAAUUGGAAUGUUCAGUCAUGUUUCUUAAACUAUUGUUGUCGGUAGUUUGUUAAUAUAAUGUUCAUUACAGUUGUUAUAGUUUC